CCUAAAAGCAAAAAUAGCACUGUUUGAGGUUCUUGGCUGAUCAUGCUUUAACACAGUAGUAUCUUGUACAAUUGUGGCCUGUGUGAAGCGCGAGCUAAAGGCAGCCAUAUUCAAAACAGACAGAAGACUGGUCUAGUGGCAAGAUCAGUUUAAAGACUUCAAAGAAGAUCAGCCUCUGAAGACAAUAUCGUAUUUCAGUGGCCAAAUAAAGUUGUAAGUCUUUCUUAUGCUUUCCUGUCAAAAUCUUGCCCAAAAAUCCACCAGCAGAUAAAGAGUUUCUUCGCAAAACAACAUUCUAAAUGUGACUCUUAUUUCUUAGAAAUCGCGUGAUUUUACAUACUUUUGUGACUCUGUUACCAAAUUUGGACAAGGUGUAACGCAAGCCUUUCCAGUGUGAUCCAUAUAAAAAUAAGUUUCCAUGUGUGGAAUUUAGUAGAGUUUAAGACAGUCACAAAAUUAGUCAUGUCACUUUGUUUGUUUUAAUUUUUUUUGGUAAAACGUUGAUCCAGAACAGUUUUGUCCAGCAUACUAGUUGCAUUUAGUUUUCCAUCCAUGUUGGCAAUGAUCUUUUCCAAAAAAUUCAACAACUUACAGGGCAAAAAACUUCCACUCGUCUGCCAGUCCAAGACGAGUACAUUUUGAUCUUGGACAAGUGGAAUUCCAAAAGCACUUGUCCAAGAGGACAAAUAGAAUUUACUGAAUAUUUUUUCCAUUGAGUUCUGGGUUGCCCAAGAAUCUCUAAACUUUGUAAACUAACCUGGCUUUCCGCAAAUGUCUGUUUCUUUUUGCUCAAAAACCCGCCCGUUUUUGGCAGUGUUUUGUUGAAGGCUGGUAUCCACAUUCCAUAUUUGGAAAGUGAAUAAUAUGGUGACCUGAUGGUGAUAACGCGAUCUUGUUUGUGACCACAAAUUACAAAAAUAGCAAGUGAUGCUUCGUGAGUUCAUAAUUGAAUGAAGUGAUUAACAACGUGGUAAGAAUAAUGUAGUAGUGGUAUGUUUUGUGAUCAAGGAAACAAUGAAACCUUUUAAAAAUGUUUCUUCCUUUAUGUCAAGUGCAAAGGUAAUCACUACGUAUUUUAAAAGUGCUGGAGCAUGACACUUGCAUUUCCAUGUGAUUCACCAUGUGAGAUAAAAUCAGAUCACAUGCUUCAUUUCACUGUCAGUGUACACAAUGUCAACAAGUUUGCUUGACCUGUGGAAUAUUGGGAGUAAAAGAAAAUCUGAAUCCGCAGAGAGCAAAAACAUAGCACUGAAAUCAGAUCAGUUGUUAAGAUAAACACUUAAGACCUGGUACAUUCAGACUCUAAAUUGUAUAACCAAUAAGUUUUUAAUUAAUUCAUUUUUUUAGUAACUUUAAUUUUUUUUUUGGACGAGUGCAUUUCACUUACGGGCAACCAAAAUCUGAGUGGCACUUGUCCAGUGGACAAGUGGAUGGAAAAAAAAGUUUUUUGUGCUGACAUAUUAUGUACAACUUUCAGACCGAGUCUUUUUUGAAAAAUUAAAUCUUUGCAGGAAGAUUUCUCAGCUGGCCGAUGUUUAGUUGAAGCACUGACGAGAGGACCAAAAAACUUGCAGGUCCUUGUGAAUGCUUCAUGUCUGAUUGCUAACCUAGCGACAGGAGACCAAGAUCAGAUGUCCCUCAGGGAUUGUUUAGAAGCCAUGUGCUCAUUGACUUCAUCACACACUGGGCAUAAGGACAUCCAGACACAUGUAUCCAGAGCUCUUGGCAACUUUGCAAAUUUCCAUCAAAAUUCUGCUAUUUUGAUAGAUUAUCUUCCAAGCAUUGUAGAGACACAUCUCAAGUCCACAGAUAAGACAAUUAAGUGUCAUGGCCUUAGAACAGUCAUGUAUCUCCUCAGCCAUCAACGGGAGAGAACUGUAGAUGCAUUAAUAAGGGAAGGAGCCCAUGAUGUUCUGACAAGCUUGGGGGCAUAUCCUGGAAUUGUUAACGCAAUUCAAACUGGUUUACUUAAUGUGGUAACCACCCUUAGUGACUGUACUGUAACAAAAUAAUAGUCAUUGUUCCAGGGCCAUAUCAGAAGUGUUACAUGUAUAUAUAGAUAUAUUUGUAUCAAAUAGUGUCACUAUUUUGAUAGAUCUUGCAAUGACAGGGGUUGUCAAAAGUAAGUGGCAGCUGGCAAAAACCACCAUUACCUCAUGUUCUUGGCUGGCUUCUCUGCUGUGCCAUUUAUCUUAUUCUUUAAAAAAAGAUGGUAAAAUCAGCUGCCUCCUUCAAACCUUUGCAACAGCCCUGAUGAUAAUUUAUAAAAUUUCUACUAGUAAUUAGAUCAGCAACUUUUAAUGCUUGGAAGUACAUGCAAUCCUUCUAGAAAUUGCUUUGUCUUGUGCAAAAGCUGGAUAUCUUGUUUACGUACGCCAGGUUUUCUCCUUUUUUAUUAUUUUUGCUCAGGGAAUGAGGAUGGAACUGGGUGGGGCCAUGGCAAGGUUCUGGCAGGAUAUUAGAAUGUACUUUAAUUUGACUGAAGAAAAUCGAUGGUGUAACAUAUUUGAGAAAAAACAGAUGUCAACUUUGUCCAAGGAUGUUUACCUAAAGCCAUUGGUAUUUAAAUGAUGUUGGUUGCUAGGUAACCAAAGAUAAACAUAAAUUAUUGUACAUUUAUAGUCUUGAUUGGAUAUUAUUGUUUACAGUGGUUGCUAUGGCAACCACACAAUGUUCAGAGUGACAAAAAGAGAUAAUUUGCUCUGAGAUCAUCAACUUGAAGGUUUUUUUUUAGAAAGGGAGGGUGCUAAAUAUUGAUAAGUGGAUUUAUAAAAAACUAAGGUACACUUAUUUGAUUUUAUUGUUAAGAAGAAACUUGCCAUGUCCGCUUGAAAGUACCGCUCCUCACAAAAGUAAGUUCUUCAAAACAUCCCUACCCUGCCCCUCCAAAAGAAAAAAAACAAAAACAAAAACAAAAACUCAAACACAAAAGUGCUUUUACUAUACACCCCUCUAGAAAUUGGACUUACAGUUUAUAUUCAGCUAUUUGAACUCCUGGGUGUGAAGAUCAAUACUCUAAAUACUUCUUCCAAUAAUUAUAGUUUAUUUUUGGCAUUUUAUAUCAUUGCAGUGUGUAAAUUAACAGCUCUCUAUGACAUUAAUGCACACUGAUGACAUUCACACAGUAUAACUUGGCAUGUGUUUAUGAAUGUUUGGAGAGAUUUCAUUAAGAUGCUGAAUUUUCAUUUCCAUGUACCUAAACGAUUUUCAGGCACAUUUAAGUGCCUGAAUUAUUGUAAUAAGGCUAAAAGAUUUUCAGACACAUGAAAAUUAUGCUCAUAAUAUAGUUAUCAUUGUCUUGCAAUCAUGAAGACCCUUUCAAAAACAAGCCGAACAAAGUCUCAAACACAGACAAUGCCACCCAUAAGUAACCCACCAAAACAGCCUUUUGAACAAAAAAGUGGGCUUUUUAAGAGACUUUACAUUACAUCAUAAAUAACUAUAUGAUUCGAUUUUAGAAAAAAAAUUAUGCAAUAUUCUUGUAUCCUAUAUUUUAUUCUCAUUAACAAAAUAACAUACUCAUGCAGUAUUUGAAGCACUUUAACUAUUGUAAAGUUAAUUAUUAGAUGUUUAUUAUGAACAGUAAGGUGCAUUGUAGAGUAUGUAUUUGUUGAUUUUCACUAGCAAUUGCAAGGUUGAAGUUUUAAUAAUUAUUAUGAACUUAUAUUGUUUCUUCUUGUUUGAAAUUUGUCACCAUACAGGUGUAACAUGCUGACUUGAUCAGCCAGGGAUUGUCAACCUUAAACAUGCUUUCUGAAAAUCUAAAUAUUUCAACAUUAAUAAUACAGCAAAUAUGAUUUUCUGUCAGGUGAUCACUACAUGGUUGCCUGUCCGUGUAGUUGUAAUAGGUACAGUCCAUAGCCACACAAUUUUGGAAGUUAUUUUAUUUGCAUUUACUUUUAAUUUAGUUAAGGUCAAUAAGACAAAUAUAUAGCUUAUGUGUGGUACAAAUCACUGUACCCCAUUUUCACAGCUUCAUUUGUGGUGUAUUUUAAUUUGGUGAACCUGCAGGGCAGGCCAAAAUGCAAUAAUUUUAACCUUUAAAGAGAAAUCGCAUGUGAGAAGUAUGCGCACAAUUGUAAUGAAGUAAAGAACAUUUGUAACAAACUUGACAAUUUUACUUUUCUAUAUUGUAAGUACUCAAUAAGUAGAAUGAUCAAUAAAAAUAUAUUGAUUUUGUUUCAGUGACCUGGAAUAAAGAUUACUGACUCCUUAGUGAUGUUGGUGAAUUUUGCAAAGAAACGGUUGAAGUAUGGAAGUAAGAUUAGCAUUGUCACGGCAUAUACAACUUUUAUGAAUUGCAGUGAAACUGACAGAAAUUGUCUAACAAGUUAGGACUUCAUUGACUGGAGACUUAUUAGAGACAAUGAUUUCUCUUCAGCUGAAUUAUGUAAACCAUCCUCAUCUUUUUUGUGGUUAAAAUCUGGAAUAAAGACAUCUCAUCAUCUGUGUA